AUGACGCAUCCGUUGCGACCUGCCCGCGGCUUGUACCGGCUCCGAACAGCCCUGCAGAUCUUUCGCUCGCUCACUCGCGACAGUGUGCGGCCGGCCACCUUCUUCGGUCAUGCGCAGGAGACCAUCGAUCUUUACAUCCGUGUCUGCCCUCGGGCCGGCAGCGAGUUACUUGGCCGCGCCACGACGCUGACCCUCAACAGCCAAGUCGCAUACGAAAAGGCACUUCGGGAAGUCAAUGCCUGGUGCUACCAAGCGACUGCGUACCUCGGCUUUGGGCGCGACGCCGUCGGCAGCACCGACGACUACGCGACCGACGUCUCCCAUGUGAUUAAGGCCAUGUGUGAGGGCGGCGUGAGCGCGAUGCAGUCGGUCGCGGUGGCCUUUCAGAGCUGUGCCCGCGACUUGAGCGCUUCGUCUGCAAUUUUCCAUCAGCUUGCUGCGAUGCACGAUUCGUCCGAAGCCAUUCAACUGCGAUCGCAUCACUCGCCGCCUACGUUCUACGGCCGCGAUGGAGAUGACCCGGCCUUGGCACGAGCUCUGCGUACGCAUGCGAACCGCAUCGAUGGCAUUGAUGGCGUCGUGCAGCGCAUGCAGCAGGCAAUCAAGCAACUGCAAGAGACUCAAGUCAUUGCCCUCCUCGACGCGUUUCUGCGGCGCCCACUGGCCUUGCAUCAACUGGAUACGCGGACGAUGAACGACCUCCUUUACGCCGCCGACAGCCUCGUCAACGAAUGCCGCUUAUUCAUGAACGAAUAUGAACAGACAAUUUAG